ACUUUCCCUUCCACCGUCACCAGCCAGUAUACCGCAGUCUGCCGGGACGCCCGCACGUGUGUACGGAGCUACUGUACAGUAUACAGUGCUUGCAUUGGACGCGACGCGGGAACAUCGAGGGAGUGCAGUGUGUCGCCGGGAACAUGCAGUGUGGCAGAUAUAUUGUCGCGAUGAUGUUGGUGUUGGCGAGUAUGUUGGCGGCGGCGGCCGGCACCAUCCCGCAGCCGCGCGCGCCCAACUUCCAGUACUUCGAGAGGCCCAACUACCGCUACCCGUACUACGACGAGAACGGCAAGGGCAAGCUGCUGUACGGGUACGGCGGGCCCGAGCUCUACCAGUACAAGUCCUACUCGCCGCUAGAGGGCAUCUACUGACACCGCGCACUACAUCGUACUGAGUACAUUAUACUAGUAGGUUUAUUAUAUUACCAGUCAGUGUACGGCAUGCUUUGUACUGUCGUACGAGCUCGGUGGGAGUCACGUAGUUUUGUAAAAAGUAUUUUUUAAUGUUUUAUAUUAAGCUGUAAAUGUAAAUAAAUGGUUUGUGAUAGACAA